UUUUUUUUCAAUGUAUUCAUUCAUUCAGCUGGUUUUGCGUACAGUGUGGCGAAUGAUUGCUGUUUGCGGAUAGGUGUUUUCCAACACUGCAUACUAUAAAAUCUAAAAGAAAAAUAUCCAUGCAAUACAAAUACCUAUAAUGGAAUUGGAUCAAUAAAGGUCGAAUGUCUACCACUAAAACUAUCCACUAAUUGGAUUGUUUGCAGCAACCGAGGAGACAAUAAAAAAAACAUUGUUGCGGAAGUAAGAAACAGAAAUUGGUAGGCGUGCAAAAACUCAAUAAACAAAACAGAACAACAAUAACACACACACAAUGAAAUCAACGGCCACCACAAAAUCUAGGCUAACAAGUCUUACCGAGGACAUUUCCAUAAUACCCGAGGAUGCACCUUAUCGGUCACGCCUGCACUUCCUGUUUGCUCAAAUCGAAAAGGAGUUUGAGCAGCUGUACUUGGAGAACCUAAAUCUUCAAGACAAGCUUGAGAAUGCCACUACAAGCACAAAAGAAUCGCUGACUCCAUAUGAACAACGUUCCGUAGCGGGUGGAGUUUCCGGUGCACUUGUCGCAACGGGCAGUGGAGGCGUCUCAUUGGCAGCCACGCCCGCCACACCAUCUGCACCGCUGGGCGAUGAGAUUGGGGCCAGCUUGCUGGCCGCUGCGUCCAGCACACACAAAAGUCUAAAGGCAAAGCUGAGCAGUGCAACUGGCGGCAGCAAGGUGAAGGCCAGCAACAAAAUCAAAGCACAGACCAGUCGCAUUGUGUCCAGCUUUAAGGCACAGACGGUGGUCAGCUCUGUUGUGCGCGAAUUUAGCGGACACAAAGAUGGUAUAUGGCAAGUGGACGCCAAGGUGGGACAGCCCAUUAUUGGGACAGCCUCCGCUGAUCACACCGCCUGCAUUUGGGAGAUAGAGAGUGGAAGAUGUCUGCUACAGUACCAAGGACACGCCGGUUCAGUAAACUCUAUUAAAUUCCAUCAGCAUCGGGAUCUCGUGCUGACGGGCAGUGGCGAUGGCACCGCACACAUCUGGCAAGCCGCCGUCAACUGGGAGCAGCCCAAAAAGGGACAUUCAUCCGAAGAAGAGUUGGACGACAGUGACGGGCAGCUAGAGGAUCGGGAUCGAGUUGACACCUUGCGUACACCGCUGUGUGAGUUCUCUGGGCCGGGAGGUCACCUUUCAGUCAUUGUCGCUGCAGAUUGGCUGUCUAGCAUGGAUCAGAUAAUCACUGGCAGUUGGGAUCGCACUGCGAUACUGUGGGAUGUGGAGACUGCACAGCCGCUACAGCCCCUCACUGGUCACGAUCACGAGCUAACGCAUGUCUCGGCACAUCCAACUCAACGUUUGGUUGUAACCGCCUCCCGUGACACUACCUUCCGUUUGUGGGACUUCCGCGAUCCGAUUCCUGCCGUAUCCGUCUUUCAGGGUCACACCGAGACUGUCACAUCCAGCGUUUUUGCGCGCGACGACAAAGUAGUCUCCGGGUCGGAUGACCGUACAAUUAAAGUAUGGGAGUUGCGCAACAUGCGCUCAGCUCUUGCCACCAUAAGGACCGAUUCAUCCGUUAAUCGCUUAGCCGUGUCCACUACUGGAAUUAUAGCCAUACCGCACGACAAUCGUCAGAUUCGACUAUUUGAUUUGAAUGGACAACGUGUGGCGCGUUUACCGCGCACCAGUCGCCAGGGUCAUCGUCGAAUGGUCUCCUCCGUUGCCUGGGCAGAGGAGCCUCUAUUGAAUUGUGAUUUGUUCUCGUGCGGCUUUGAUCGACGCGUCUUUGGCUGGUCCAUAGUCUUACCAAAGGAUAAUUGAAAAUUACUAAAACGUUGAGCUGUUGCAUUGCAGUCAAGAAAAUCAUUAAAAUGAUUUUCUAUUACAACGUUUUCAUACAUAAACAUAAAAGCGAAUAUCUCUCGAACACAUCAUCGGCGUUUAUUUAGUUGUUAUUUAAAAUCGACCGAAGCUUGUAUUAACCUAAACCAUCGUAUAUCAAGUAUUUUAUAAACGAUAAGAAACAUUUUUGUUAGACUUGUUCUAUAUAGAUAACAUGAAUCUUGCUUUAUGCCAAAUAUUCCUGGUAUACAUACUUACAUAUAUAAUAUGCAUAUUAUCAUUGUUAUUACUACAUAUACUAAAUGUGAAAUAUGUAGAUAAGAGGUUGAGAAAAUCGACCAUUUUAGCUGUGUUUUUAUUAAUAUCAUACAAUUUAUAAUAACUUAACACUAUAUGUCUAAGGCAUGUGUUUAAUAUUGAUGUUAGAUACAAAAAUACUUAAUAAUAAAAGUCCCAUAUCCACUCC